AUGCUGAGGAUUCUUUGCCUAAUUUCCUGUGCAAUGCUAAUGCCCUCAAGGGCUGAUCCAGGGGCCCUGCUGAAGCUGGGAAUGAAUUUCAUGAACAAAGCUGUGAAGGAUGCCAUGGCUGAGAGCCAGAUAUUGGAAAAAAUGGCAGCCAUGGCUAACCAGCCACAGUCUGGAGUCAAGCCCAUUAAGGGUAUGACAGGGAUGAAGGUGAAAGAUGUUCAGCCUCCCAUCAUCACACUGGAUUUUCUGCCAGAGGUGGGAAUUUUCCAGUGUGUGUCUACCAGGAUCACCAUCACAGGGAAGAGCUUUAUAGGUGGAACAAUGGAAAUCACUGUGGUUGUGAACAUCACGGCCACAAAUAGGCUGCAGCAGAAUGAGGAGACAGGCCUGCCCAUGUUCCAGAGUGAAGGAUGUCAGAUCAUUUUGGUUGAUGUCAAAACUAACCUGCCCAGCAACAUGCUGCCUAAAGUGAUCAACAAAUUCUUGGACAGCACCCUGCAGAAGAUUCUCCCUGGCCUGAUGUGUCCUGCAAUUGACACUGUCCUUGAGUUUGUGAACCAAAAGUGGAGUCACCUUACAGACCCCAUCCCUGUGGGUGAGGCUGGCAGCAUCAAGUACGUCCUUACGAGCACCCCAGUCACCACGGCCUCCUACAUAGAAGUAGAUUUCAGUCCCAUAGUCCAGCGACAAGAGGGUGGUACCAUCGCUCUGCCUGAAGAUGGGGCUGCUCUCACAGUCCCUGAAGAUUACCCAGCUGGCUCAUCCCAGUUGGUGCUCUCUGCCGCAUUCUUUACUGCUGAGUUCACUCUCCUACAGAAAUCCUUUGAUGUGGACAUCAAAGGCAAGACUAUUGGCAAACUCCCCCCACAUACGACCAAAACACUAUCUGGUUUUGUGUCCAAGGUUCGUAAAGCCUAUCGCAAAUCAUUGCCUUUGAUGACCCAAAUCAGAAUCAGUAAAUCCCCCAAAGUCACCAUGAAACCAGGCAAGAGCCAGUUGGACCUUCAUGGCACAGUAGAGAUGUUUGCUGUUUCUCCCAAGUCAGGUCCUUCCUCCAUGUUUGUUCUAGAAACUCACUUCAACUUGGACAUUCAGUAUUCACUGAGUGAAGACAAGGUGCUCAUGGCCACAUCCAUGGACAAAUUGUUGGACCUUUCUGUGGCCUCUUCUUCUAUUGGUUCCUUUAAGGUGAAAAAGCUGAAAGAAUUUUUAACUAAUUUACUCCAAGAAGCUUUUGUACCAGUGAUCAAUGGUGUACUCGAAGUUGGUUUUCCCCUUCCAAACUUCCUGGGCAUGAAGUAUGGACAAUCAGAGCUGGCCAUUGUGGAGAAUGCCCUGGUGGUGGACCUGCAGACGCCCUAG